CCCUUAUCGUAAAAGGCACCAACGCGUCAAGAUCAGUAUGAGCUCUCCAUCUUGCGCUCUCCUCAAAUGUUGAUUUACAGACCAACACCCUUUUCAGGAUCAAGUGUUGGCAAGAACUUCAGCUUGAGCUUCCUGAGAAAACUUGUUCGUCUAGGGACAACAUGACGGAGAUUAUUACCGAUCCAACCCUUCCAAUCCUCCAUGGACCGUCAGACAAGGAGAAGAAGUAUGACAGACAGCUUCGACUUUGGGCAGCAAGCGGACAGAAAGCUCUCGAAGAUGCGCAUAUCCUUCUGUUGAAUUCUGGCUCUGGUACCGUAGGGGUAGAAACCUUGAAGAAUCUUGUACUUCCAGGGAUCGGACAAUUCACAAUUGCAGACGCAAACAUAGUCAACGAAUCAGAUCUUGGAGUGAACUUCUUCCUUGACGAAGAUAGUCUGGGAAAUUCGAGGGCAGAAUGCUGUGUCAAGCUCCUCCAAGAGCUCAACCCAGAUGUCAAAGGUCACUGGCUACCACUUCAAGAAACCCAUACCGUCCAAAAUCUUCUCGAAAAUGACCGCAAAUACACAUUAAUAAUGUACACCUACCCGAUAGAACCGCAAGACCUCGCCCUGGUGCAAGAGUACGGCAACAAGCAUAAAGUACCCAUAAUUGCUAUUCAUUCUGCCGGAUUCUACUCUUACUUCCGAACCCACCUACCUGGCAACUUUCCGAUUGUGGACACACAUCCCGACUCGACAGCCACAACAGACCUGAGACUGCUGACUCCAUGGGAGGAGCUGUCGAAGUUUGCGAAUGAAUUCACCUCAGAUAUCGACAAUUUGAGCGCCCAUGAGCAUGGCCAUAUUCCAUACCUAGUCAUUCUCUUGCAUUAUUUGGAGAAGUGGAAAGCGGAGCAUGGAACACUUCCAUCAACAUACAAGGAGAAGACUGCCUUCAGGGCUACCGUGUCAGCUGGAGCUCGGACAAACAACCCAGAAGGUGGUGAAGAAAACUUCGAUGAAGCAGCUGCCGCUGUUCUGAAAACCAUUUCUGCUCCUACCCUAGCUAGUUCGGUCAAGGCUGUCUUUGAUUACAAGCCAAAUGAGUUUGAAGCAAAAUCAAGCUUCUGGAUUAUUGCUAGUGCUGUCAAGAAAUUUUAUGAGAAGAACAAGCAGCUUCCACUGCCUGGAUCGGUGCCUGAUAUGAAAGCUCAGUCAACAGUCUAUGUUCGUUUACAAAACAUCUACAAGAAGAAAGCUCGCCAAGAUGUAGCCGAGGUGCUCGCCGCCGUUAGAGCGCUGCCCGGGGGCAAAGAUAUUGAUGAAGGCGAAGUGGAGACCUUUUGCAAGAAUGCCGCUUUUAUCAAGCUCAUUCAUGGAUCGGAGGCCAGUCCGGACAAUAUCACGACCAUCGCAGAAGCAGAAGCAGCCAACGAUGAGACAGCUGCCAUGGUUGGAAUGCCACUAUCACUCUUCCCAAUAUAUCUUUCCUUGAAGGCAACAUCCCAUGUACCUACCGCGUGUACAUCUGAUAUUCUUGCCGCAAUCGACAAGACUAUCCCUGGCGCCUCGAGCAAUCCGCGGCUUGCACAAGUUGCCGAGGAAGUAACCCGAGCCAAGGGCGGAGAAUUGCACAACAUAUCGGCAUUAACUGGUGGCAUGGUAGCUCAAGAAGUGAUCAAGAUCAUAACCAAACAGUACAUCCCGAUUGAUAACACCUGCAUCUUUGACGGCAUCACAAGCAGAACCCAGGUGCUAAGAAUAUGACCGAGGAAGAAGAACGACGAAUCACGAGAAGAACGGACUCAUGAAAUAAUGAAAACUCUGCAUCUGAAGGCGUUGGCUGGAUCUCUAGCAUCACGAUCAUCGUCCGAGGUCAACGAACUUAUAUUGCGAGCCGCAUCAGAGGCGCUUAUCACACAUGACAUUGGGGUCAUCUGCAUGAAUGGAUGUGGAAGAGCCCCACAAAAGCACUCUAGAGAUAAAUAUCACAUGAGAAUAGCUUUUUCGUACCCCUC